AUGGGUUGCUGCAGCUCAAAAAUACCCAAUGUAGAAGGAUAUAAAGCUUAUGGAAAGAUGGUAAUUCCCGCACAAGAAUCUAUUGAUUUUAUUAUUCGACAAGGUCAAAAAACAGAUAGUUUCGUAAAAGAAAAUGUUGCAACACCUCUCUUAAAAGGUGUUAAUUUUGCAACAGUAGGAGAUAAUGACGAGGAAGAUAAUAACGAAUCUGAUUCUGUUGAUGACGAAGCAAUAGAAAAAUUACUCAACGAUAAUAAGGAAGAAGAGUCCGAACAUGAAAAAGAAAUUAAUGAUCAAAAUACUGUUACACGAUUUAGAGAAGUCAAAAGUGAUGACGAAAAUGUAAAUUCGGAAGAUGAAAAAGAUGAAAUAUAA